UGUAAGCUCUUUGAUGUCAUAACGUGCAAAAAGUGACUGGCGCUGUCUGCAGGAUGUGGUUUUUUUUUUCUUUCGAAGGGGGUAUCGGGUGAAUUUGAGGAAAUUGCGCCUGACGCUGACGAAUUCUUGCUGGCAAAUAAUUAUAUUUUGAACGUGAGUAUUCGGGCCUCAAAGCGAAGUGACUUGCUGGUGGCGAUCGGUCGCGUUUUAUCUUGGUUCCGUCGUGGCAGAUUUUCCGGAAAAGGGCACAUAUUUUUUUUUUUGAGUUCGAUGUCGUCAAGCGUUCUUGCUCGUGUGUUCACGUGUUCGACUCAUCGGAUUUGAUGUGACUCAAAACGGACGAUGAAUUCAUAUUUCGAGCUGUGAAAGAAGAACGGUUUGUGUUUGUGUUGCGAUUCGGAUGGUUUGGGGCGCAUACGUCGUUCCAAAGAGUUGUGCGCCGUGUUUCCGUGAUCUUACGUGGUGGUGUAUGGCAAAGUGAGGGGUCAUGAGGCAGACAUUUUUCCUGUUGUAGAAACAACGAGCCAGCUCAAAAGCAGGAAAAAAUUUCUACUGCGUGGAGUCAAAUGCAGAGCAUUGGAUCAUCUUACGAUUGCCUCAUCUUCGCCGUGGACAUAUAAAUAAAUCCCAGACCGAAGUAUUGCCGAGCCAUCGUCCAUCGACGCGAAAUAAAUAACGACCGAGUGCAGAGCCAUGAUUGUGAUGAAUCAAAAUUACAUGGUUCUGAUAUGGUACAUCAUCAUAGUGAUCGUUUUGAUUUACUUAUUUGCGUUCUCCCAGUGACGACGCGCUGGAAAUGUCGGAGACCCCGGGGGAUGACUUCGUAGUUAAGUAGUAGUUGGAGUAGACAGUUUUAGAAUGAAACAAAAAAAAAUCGAAUGUCAAAUCUCACAUAAACACAUUCACACACAGAGACAUACUUGCACAUUCACAGUGACCAAUUGAUUGCACAAAAACUACACCACAUGUUUGUUGGCAAUGCUAUUGGGAAUACAAAAAUACAGCACACUAAUUUUUUUUCUUGAUACACUUGUUCCUAGCUCUAGCGCAGAAUAGCUGCAACAUUCCCAAUAUGUUAAACGAGAAAAGACACAAAAUUCACUUUCAACUACACAUGUUCAAACGCUACCAGUUUCCAUUUACCAGUCUUAGGUUUUCCCCCCCCCCCCCCCUUUCAUUUUGAUGCAGCUUGAAGCGAUUAUCAUUUGUAAGACCUUGUAAUCUAGCGUAGAGCAAUUAGCUUUAAAAUUAAUAAAUAUAGCACCGAGAAGAUCGUCCGCAUCCAGCAAGCAAUCGAAAAUGCACGCGAAUAGUCACCAAGUCGGCAAGUAGUGAAAAGUCUCCGGCACAAGGAAAAAUUCGCAACCAUAGCGAAAGUAAUAUUCACAUAAUUAAUAAUUUUAAUCUAUAUAAAUAAACAACCGAACGUCGCAGCAGAAGGUUGGCUAUAAAAUGUAACGCACAAACAAACGUGCCCGUCGUCGUCGUCGUCGUUAUUCGCAGCAUCACCGCCGAGCAUCAAUAAUUAUGCCCAGAAGAUGUCGGACGGAUUCUGCGGCCAGCGGAACGGGAUUUUGUCAUUUGUUUCGUUGGUGGUCCCGUUCGGACUCGGAUACUGGAGAAUCGGUUUCAACCGAUCGGUGUCCGCCUGUCCCGAUGCCAGUCGCGAGGAAGUCGUCUUGUUGAGCGCAUCGGUUUUGACGUCGUUGUCAGGAUAGACACAUACAGAAAAAGAAAUAGGAAAGACGCCCACACACACACGUGAAAAUGUCCGUCCGUUCGUCGUCGUCGUCCAGUGCCCAUCGGAAGUGACAUCGAAAGUAUUUAAUCACAUCACACUGCAAACAAAAGACUCAUGGAGUUGCCCCAGUCGCAGUUCACCGUACAGGCGCAGUACUCCUUCAAGGGAUCCAACAAUGACGAGCUGUGUUUCAAGAAGGGGGAUAUCAUCACACUGACGCAGCGCGAAGAUGGCGGCUGGUGGGAGGGAACGUUGGGCGAUAAAACGGGCUGGUUCCCGAGCAACUACGUCAACGAGUAUGUCGGUCCCCUGCCCCUCUCGGAAACCAUACGACCACCGGAAGAGAUUCAAGCCUUUCGAUCGGUAGUGUUUCGUGACCUGCUGGAAAGUGAGAAAGCACAUGUGGCUGAGCUUCGUGGAUUGGUGGAAAACUUUCUGGAACCGUUGGAAGGUAGUCAAAUACUCACAGCCGAUGAAUAUACUCAAAUGAUGUGUAACUUCAUUGAGAUAGUCGAAAUGCACGAGGAGUUUUUUCAAAAUCUAGAAGACUCUAACGAUCGCGUAGGGAAGGUAUUCCUAACGAAAGCUCCAACCAUGAAGAAAAUCCAUCAGUGUUACUGUUCUGCUCAUCCACGAGCUAUUGUCAUAGUUGAUAAGUACCGCGACGAUUUAAAUGCCUUCAUGGAAAAGCAGGGAGCAGCAAAACCCGGACUGUUAGUUCUUACAACUGGGCUAUCGAAACCAUUUCGUCGACUGGAUAAAUAUUCGGCCAUUCUGCAGGAGCUCGAAAGACACAUGGAAAGUUGUCACCCGGAUCGUGGCGAUACACAGCGCAGUAUAGCAGUCUACAAAGAUAUUGCCAGCUCAUGUUCCGCCACUCGGAGGCAAAAGGAGUUAGAACUUCAAAUCCUUACCGGGCCCAUCCGUGGUUGGCAAGGGCAAGAGUUAAGUUCGAUGGGUGAAAUAUUCCACAUGGGCAGUGUGGCCGUCGGUCCGGAACACAAGGAUCGAUACUUUGUAUUGUUCUCACAGACGUUACUGAUUUUGAGCGUCAGUCAACGAAUGAGUGCGUUCAAGUACGAAGGGAAGCUUCCACUAACCGGUAUCACUGUGAACCGGUUGGAGGAUACGGAUCAAAUCAAGAAUGCAUUUGAGAUCACAGGAUCGUUGAUCGAUCGAAUUGUGGCCGUCUGUCAAGGUCCAAGUGAAGCGAACAAAUGGGUUGAUUUGCUUAACUCAAAAGUAAACCCAACAAUGGAAGGGCAACAGCAAUCUGCGAAGGAUUUGAAAAGGAUCGUCAGCAGUUCGGCAGUGAAUAUUCCUCAGCCACCACCACACAGUAAAGAAACGCUUGACGCCCGUGGCUACAGAACCCGCAUCUCCGUAUGUGCAUACAGUCAGAUCGAUUAUCGACCGACGUUUCCACCGAAUUCCUACCCCUCGACGGCUCCGUAUGCCGCUUUGACGUCAUUUUUCCGGUACUUGUUCAAAACCGGAGCCCUGUCGCGAUAUGUCGUGCAAGCAUUGCUUUAUCCGCAAAUUACGCAGGAUAUCGAUACUAGCGAAGUCGUACUGCGUCGGAGACAUCGGACCACCGUUCGGAUGUAUCGGAGGGAUCGUGAACGUGAACGUGAGGAAAUGGAACAGGAGCAAAGUAAUGACGAUGAUGACAGUGACGACGACGGUUCGUCUUGUACGUCUUCAUGUUCGGCAAAUUCGAAAACAUUGGAACGCCAAAAUGCAGUUGAUCUGGGAGAUGAAGAUCCGUAUGAAAUGAUCACGUUUUUUACCGGCGGAAAGAAUGAUAGUACCUCCAGGGAAAGCACGAUCUACGAAAGUUACAUCGAUCAUACCAGAAUAGGCGAUGAAAAUGAAUCGUUCAUCUUCGUAUCUAACAAACCAGCGAGCGAGGAGAGAAAGAGUGUCAAGAGUCAUGGGUCAUCUUUCAUCGGUUCGACACCGAUUCCCUAUUUGAAGUUGAACGACUGUGACUAUGUUGGAUGUGACGGGGGUGAUGAAAAUGGUGGCAUCGGUUCCGUGCACACCAGCACCGCUCGAUUGCAUCUCGGAGAGCUCAAGCAGCAAUGUUCGGAGCAGUCUCAAGUAUCUAGUUUUGAACAUAGAAUAGGACAUGGCCGUAUGGCGUGUGAGGAUUUGUUGAAAUUAGAUGAUUCCAUGAAGAUUAAGAAUUCGCUUCAACAGAAACCAAUAAUCGAGGAAAGGCACAGCAUGCCUACACUUUUUGUGGGGAAUCGUUUUGCUAGUUCUUCGGUGACGGAGAUUUAUAUUCCCUCGUGGAAGGAUCGCCAGGAAGUACAACAACAGCAGCAGCAGCAAAAAGCAGUAGAAUCUUCAUCUGCCGAUCGUUCUAGUGUACAUUCCAGUUCGCUCGAAAUUCCAGCCCCUGAAACUGCUCUACCGGUGCCGGAUCAUGUGACGGCAGAGCUACUUUAUAACUUUCACAGUUCUUCGUCCGGAUCCGUCUCGUUGACGUCGGGCAAAAUCCUCACACCUCCGCUGGAAUUUAGCAACAAUGGCCCACCGAUCAGUUGUUUAUCCCGUGAAGUGACACCAUUCCGUAAGCAUUCAAUAAAUUCUGAUAAAAAACUUCUGCUAAACCAAAACCAUCUCAGAAAAGGCAAAACUGAGGAUUCGAUUGGCCCGUCCAGCAGGCGGUGUGUGAGCUACCAUUAUGUGAAUAUCGGAGAUCAGAAUCGAUCGUACGAAACCAGCUAUAGCUGCAGUAGUAAAGAGGAUGACGAUGAUGAUGAUGAAGGUACUAAACCAUCGUCCGAUUCACUGGCACAAAACAAAUUGCAACGACCCAAGCAAACACACUCCAAGUGUCGCUUCUGCAGUACCAGUACCAGCUCGCAUUGCCAUAGUCCUCGAUCGAGCGAUUCAGGUAUGGCCGGUAGUCUUACCAUAUCCUCCCCCGAUCCUCCUAAAUUAUCAGGUGAUUUUCUCCUUUAUGAUUCAGAAAACCACGAUCACCAAAGCGCAAUGGCCGGUAGUAACAGUAUCGAGCAUGAUGCUUGUGCGUAUUUGAACAGUCGAUUACGACAUUCGCGCUCGAGCCACAAUAUUGGCCGCUUUGCAUUGCACCACACUGAUAGUGUACUCAAUUUCACCGAUAGUGGUCAGUAUGACCAUCAUAGUCAUCCAUUUCAUGAGGACCCCCUUCGGAAUAAUACCCUACAGAGCGUGGAUUCCGAGGAGUUGGACCCGUCCAAAUUCGUGCGAAGUCGUAGUGAAGAACGGCACUCUACCAGCGACGACGAUGAUGAAAUCGUCCCGAAGGAAUACUGCGGCCGCAGUCGAAUAGUGGUAAAUUUGAACGGCUAUCGGAACACAUUCGAGCAGCCGGAAGGACGAACGAAAGACCAACCGGAGGGAACGAUAUACAAAACUGGACUGUAUGCACAUUGGUGGAAAAAGGAAAAGUUGCCCAUAUUUAUCGUGAGCCACAACAGACAAAGUGCAGCCAAAGAGAACAAUGUGACCGGUGCUGGUGGCAGCGAUUGCGGCCACUUCGGUGUGGCAAUCCGGGGCUCAGGCAAGAAAUCUAGCUUUUCCCGUGUCCUAAAAAGCGGCCACAAUAUCAAGAGCGACAUGACAAAGUCAUCCUCCAACACGACAAUACUCGGCCUCACGUCGCACAAGUGGUCAAAAAGUACGCUGGAAACGCUGAAAUGGGAAGUCUUGUCCCACCCGCCGUAUUCCCCAGAUGUCACCCCUUCUGACUGUCACCUAUUCCGUUCGAUGGCACACGGCCUGGCAGAUCAAUAUUUUCAAUCCUUCGAAGAGUUGGAAAAAUGGAUUGUUUCAUGGAUAGCGUCAAGAGGACUAGUUUUUUUCGAGCCGGGAUCCGAAAAUUGUCAGAAAGAUGGGAGAAAGUUGUCGCUAGCGACGGACAAUACUUUGAAUAAUACAUCGAUGUCCCCACCGACUUCCGGCAGCAGCCAUCCGUCCCGAGGCAGUUCCAUCACACAGCACAUGUCGCAACACAAACGCAGCCAAUCGUUCAAUCAUCACCUGAGCUACAACCAGGUGCAGCACCAUCAGCAGUCACACAAACAAGUGCUGUCCAAUUUCGCCAACCAAGCCAGCGAACAAAGCCCGCAACCGGUGCCAAACCUAAAGGGUAUCAAGGAAAAAGCUAAUUGGAGGAUCACCAAUCUCCGCCCAGCUGCUCCUCUUCGUCCGGCUCUUCUAAACACUGGCGGAGGGAUAGGUGGUGGUGGUGGUGGAGGAGGAGGCAUUGGUAUCGGCAGUGGUAUUACCGGAUCUGGCAGUGUUCAUCACAGUUUAUCGCUCAGUCAAACGGGUACGAAGGCACCACCCACCUACGAAGAGGAUGCCCUGGUACUGCGUGUUAUCGAAGCGUACUGUGCCGCCUAUCAGAGCAACGCGCGUAACACGAUGCACUCUGUGCUUCAACCCUGGACACCGUGUCUGCCCAUUCGAGGAGGUAAGCUGAAAACGAGCAAAUAUUUUUCAUCCUCGAACCCGCAGUUACCGUUCACGUGUUCAUCGUUGUCCGCCUAUCUAACGAAUCCGACCGGCGGAAUACGAAACAGUCACAGUCAGAACACAGCCUCAACGAACAGCAUAAAUACGUCGCAUGUUUGGCGUGAGGUGAAUCCGAACAGUUUCAAUCUCUAUUCGGCUUCGAUUUCGUCACUGAAUGCCACUCCUUGCCGAACCCGUUACUCGGUCGGUGGCUACGGCAGCACCGAGUGGCGGUCACACUCCGAGGAAAAGCCAUCCGUCGGUUGUGCGGUACCGGGGAACAAUCUGAAACCAUUUUCACCGGCCAUCGCGCGAUCCGGAUCAAACUACGAUAACAUAUUCAUGAACAACAACGCAAACACACCGCUUCUGUCCCGGGUUUCCCGACAGCAAACGGUGUGGAUGAAUGCCAACCAAAUCAAUCGUUACCGAUCUACCAGCCGGGAGAUUGUACCAUCGCCGAAGAGGGAAAGUCCUCCGCCACCAGCACCUGAGGGACCACCGAUUCAGCAGCCACCAUUGUACGAUCGACGUCUGAACCGGUCUUUCGAAACUGCCCAAGGCUUCGGGCGUAGCAACAAACUGUCCCAAAUGCGUCGUUCCACUCCACACCUGAAUGGAGACGAAGAUGAUCCUUUGAGGGAUGACAUGUCCCGUAAUUCCGUUUCUUGCUGCAAUAAAUUGCUGAUGUUCUAUUGGCAGAGCUUGGAGUACGACGACAUGACGCCCACAUUGCGCCAGUUGUUUAUCAGCGUUCGUCAGCUACAGCAGGACAUGGCACAGGUCAAGACCCAGAUCAGCGAGGAACGGACGCUCCGCAAUCAUCUCCAGCAAGUGCUGAUGGGCCACUUGGAGAGCUACGGACCAUCGAAUACGACGUGCUGAAAGGUUUGUUGUUUUGUUUCAUUUGGAAAAUAUUCAGUCGAACUUGGCAGCAGUGUUUUCGAAUUUCAUUUACGACUGAAUCGUGAAAAUAUUUCAGCGAAAGUAGAUGUAGAACGAUAUUUGAAACGAUGAUUUAGAGUGCAAAUACGAAACAAGGCUUUAAUUAUUUACGGCUUACGAUCGAGUAGUAGAGGAAGGCGAAAUAUGGAUUUCAUAUUUGUUUUAAAUUGAUUUCAAAUAACAAUAGUGAUAAAAAUAUGACAGCAUAUGAGUUGUUUCUUGUGCCUUAAUAGUAUUUUUUUUUGGAUAAUAAUGUGCCCUGCGCUUCCACACGCAGGAAAUGAAUUUUUAAUAAGUGAUUAAGUAUAAAAAAAACAUAACUUUCACUGUUCGUGUUAUGUUGUUUUUUUCACAGAAUAUUUUAACAAUACUUUUUCCUUGCCAUAAUAUCAGCAAAAGUAUUGCCUUUCAUUUUUUUUUCAUUUCAUGGAAUAGAAAAAGUUACUUGUAACUGUAAAACUAGCAAAACAUAAACAUUUCUAGA